AUGGCUGUUUUUCAGAGUACCAGAGCCUUAUCUGGGCUGCAGUCUGGCAAGGCAAAGAAGUCACAGGGCUCACCGUCGGCUUCAUUUAUUUUACUCAUUUCAGAACUAAUCGGUGCAAGUUGUUUGGUUGUAAGUCGCUUAGGGUUGCCUUGGGUAAGAUAAAGCGACUAACAAAUUUAAUAAAUAAUAAAAAGAUUUGCCAAUGGUACCUGAAGAUACAUAGGCUGCUCACUCUCUCUCUUCUUUCUAGGUUCAGCCUCUCCUACCAUCAGCCCUAAUCUCCCCACUGUGAUUGUGGACAAGGGAGACCCGGUAAGCUUGCACUGCUCCGGGAAUUCUAGUGUGGAGUGGGUCGGCAUAAAGAAUGAGUCUAACAUCGUGGUGUACACCAAUGGCACCCUCUACAUACCCAAGGCCAGUUACAAGGAAAAGAAAAACUACCUGUGUGCUUAUGUUAACCAUACCAGUGAGGAAACAGCAUCUGUAUCUCUCUGUGUGAAAGGUAACCAGACUUUUCUAUUUUACUUCAUUCAGUUUCACUUUCUGUUCCCACUCUAUGCUUCCAAAAUAUCAAACAAGGGCUAUGCACCUAGGGAAACCCUUUGGGGGCACUGACUCCAUGCAGCUAACAAUGGUUUGAAAAGGAAGAGUGGGGCACUUUCUCCUAGAAACCUCCCUCUGUCCCCAACCCUGUGCAGCCAGCUUGCUGUACAGGCAUAGUCUCUCCUCCUGAUUUGAAACUGUAUCUAUACAGCAGGUUCCCCUCUAUAGAUUGUUUCCCUCAAUGCAUGGAUGUCUGCUGGUUACCAUGACGAAUGGAUGGUAGAGGAGCAUAGAAGGCCUGAACUUGUGGGUGGGAGCCAACUCUCUCCAUCUGUAUGUUGGUUAAUAUUGUGGAUUGACUGCAUGUGUUGGGGAGGGGCAGUAUGUCUGGUGGGGGACACGACGUGCUCCUUCUGGGUAAUUAAUCCAUCUUUGGCCCCCCUGCACUCAGCUCACACCUGUGGCUCCUAGACACCUGUGACAGUGGCCACACCUCAGGAAUGGCUUCAUCUGGCUGGCUAAAGCAGGUGAGGGUAGCUGAUGGGUCUCAGUGAGUUAGGGACUUCCCCUGCACAUGAAGACAGACCAAUAAGUGAGUCCAACAGUCAAGAAGGCAGUUUCUGCAUUGCUGUAGUGGGACGUGAGGGCCAGAUGGGGCUCAUCAACCUAGAAAUAAUGAAAACUCUGAUCCUAAACCUCCCCUACCUUGUGACCACACUCACUUUGGAGUGAGAAUGGGUUUGGGAGCAAACCCCCAAGGAAAAUUCUGUACCUGCUGCUUUGUGGGACAUCAUUAGGAGAAGAAACAGAGUAAACCCUACACAAAUCCAGAGUGGAGUCCUUAAGGUGGUUGGAUGGCAUUUUGUAUGCCUCCUUCUGGCAGCUCCUGCUGCCAAGCUGGUGCCAAAUGUAUUGCUUUGCUUUCCUUUGGACCACAUCCAUAAGGCCCAGAGGAAGGAUCUUAUUGUCUGGGCAGCCCAGGACCUCCAGACACACUGCCCAGGCUUGCGCCCCAGAGAAGGGAGGUUGUACAAUGAAUGUGUGUGAAAUGGUGCCAUUCUUACUUCCAAUUUUCAACCCAUUGGCUCAGCUAUAAAUAUACAUGAACAUUGCUAUGUGGGUAUAUAGCGGAGGAUACCUAAACUCAGUUAGGGUCAUUUCCCCAGAUAAUUUGGUGUGAGGGAGCCUAGGUAGUUGCCAUUGCUUCCAGUUGCUUCUAAUGUAUUCCAAGUUGCCACACGCACAUCUGCUAAAUGCUGGCCUCAGCUUCACAAUUGAUUUCUCACCCUUCUCUUCACCUCCCUCCACAGAUCACAGCUCAGCCUGGUGUGUCCUUAAAACCUUCAUUAGGGUGACAGAAGGUGAGGAUGUGGUGCUGCCGUGCUUGAUCGCUAACCCAGAAUUGGCAAGCAAUGUUACCCUGUGGACGGACUCGCGCAACAUCUCCUCUGGAUUCUCUUUCAACGCUCAAGAGGGAAUACGUAUGCACAGAGUAAACAUGAGUGAUAAAAACUUCUAUAAGUGCCGUGCCCUGGUUCAAGGACGGUGGGUGGAUUCAGCAAAAAUAGGCCUUAUUGUUGAAGGUAGGUUUGCAGUUGCUCUUUCUACAGUGGCGCCACAACAACAGCAGUGGUGGGGAUCAGGGUGGGGUGUGGUAUUUCUAAGUUGCUGGUGUAGUUAUUCUGAUAGCACAGUGCUAAAGGUAAAGGUAAAGGGACCCCUGACCAUUAGGUCCAGUCGUGACUGACUCUGGGGUUGCGGCGCUCAUCUCGCUUUAUUGGCCAAGGGAGCCGGCGUACAGCUUCCGGGUCAUGUGGCCAGCAUGACUAAGCAGCUUCUGGCGAACCAGAGCAGCACACGGAAAUGCCAUUUACCUUCCCGCCGGAGCGGUACCUAUUUAUCUACUUGCACUUUGAUGUGCUUCUGAACUGCUAGGUUGGCAGGAGCAGGGACCGAGCAACGGGAGCUCACCCAGUUGCGGGGAUUCAAACCACUGACCUUCUGAUCGGCAAGUCCUAGGCUCUGUGGUUUAACCCACAGCACCACCCGUGUCCCAGCACAGUGCUAGAAGAGUGCUAAAGGUCACCUCUUGUUUCCUCUCACAACAGCUUUGGGUGAGGCUAAACUAGGGAGACUUCAAGGGGACGAUGCAACUUUCAUGUCUGAGCAAGGAUUUUAACAUCAAUCCCUUCUUGCAUCCAGACUCCACAUCCUUUUCUUGCUGCAUUGCACUGGACCCGUGCUAAAGAUGGGAGAAAAAAUUGGCUCAGUUCACAUUUUAAUACGAAAUUAGCUAAUUUGCAUUGUUUGGAACAAUGUAUGAACCAAAACUUAGCUAUCCAUCAAAAUUGGCACUUUUGCAAACACUGACUAGUGUGUCUGAGCAUGCAGCUUUGUUCAACACACAAUAAAUGCAACAAAUUAUAAAUAGCAAUGGUGGCAAACCAACUCCUAGCCAGCAGUGGCAGAACUUCAUAGAACAGCAUAGCUGCUGCCACAUCCGCACCCACUCUGCUUAUGCCAGCUGAAGUCGAAGGACACUGCAUUUUUGCUUUGCCAGCUCUUAGGCAACAGGGCUGACUUUGAAUUCAUGGUUUAAAAAAGUGGGUCACACAGUCAAAAAAUGAUGGCACAAGCUGAAGAAAUCUUGACAGAUCUGAAAAUGCUGCUUGUUACUUCACUUAGUCUGUAGCUAAUCGGCAUACUUCUUUUCUUUUCUGCUUUAUUUAGCAAGCACCUUAUCUGUCACAAUUAAAACGAAAGAUCAUGUGAGACUACGAGGAGAAGCUUUCAAUAUCACCUGCAGAAUAAGUUCCCGCUCCUAUUCCUAUGAGGCAAAGUGGACCUAUCCUUCCACUGCAAAUGUAAGUCAUUUUUAAAAGGUAUUUAGUCAGAACUGUCUGAUAUGGCUGAAACAGCAAAGACCUGGGAUAACAGAGAGAUUUGGUGGCAUGGGCUAAUUGAUGCACGACUUUAAACUGGAUGUCAUAUGUAGCCCUGCUGAUCUGGUCUUUGCUGAGCAUGAACCUUAGAGUUUUAUGGAACUGAACUCACAGUUGAGUCUGUGGAGUGGUGAAGGCUUUCUUGAAGGAUGGAGUAGGGUUAGCCAUGCUAAAUGAGGUGGUGGUACACCUUCUACUCAAAAAGCUCUCCCUAGACACAAGUGUAUGGUCAUUAUUGCCUAGUUAUGAAUAUUCCCUUUCGUGGUGAUUAGGUUCCGGUGCACCUGGAAGAAGCUAGUUAUCUAAACCAGAGCUUUCCAAGCUGCGUGUCCUGACACAUUAGAGUGUCAGCUGCAGUGUGUUGCACGAACACUCCCCACACUCCUCCCAGGGCUGGAAAGGGAGCGGGCAGCCCGCCGGUUUGCUAAUAAGACUGAAUUACUGUGUCACAAAAUGAUGCAUGUCUAUAAAGUGUGUCACCAACAUGAAAAGUUUGGCAAGCUCUGAUCUAGAUCAUUUUCAGGCUAGAUUCAGACUUAGUCUUUGCACCAAAGUUGCUUUGGCUGCCCUGAUUGAUCAAGUGCAUUGGGAGAAGGGUGUGUGUGUGUGUGUGUGUGUGUGUGUGUGUGCACGUGCGCGCAUGUGUGCAAUCCUGCUCUACCUCCUUGCUCUCUCAGUAGAUGUUGAUACCAUCAAAACAUGCUAUCCUCCUGCUAGACCAGCUCUCGGGGUUGGAAGUUGGGGCACAGUAUUGCUGUGGUUGUGUUCCUACCUACAAGGCCGAGACAGAAGGAAUAGGAAAUUUCUGCUCAGCCCCUUGGCAGUUGUGCUGUGGGGUCCUGCAGGGAUCCAUUCCCCCACCCCCCGUAAUAUUUAACAACUGUAUGAAACUUUUGGUGUCAGCCAUUUGGGGAAGUUGAAUUUGCUUGUGCACUUAUUUAGGUGAAUACUGCUCAUAGUUUCAUAUGCCAUUGCCAUUCUCUAGGAGCAGUCAUAAGCACAAAUAAAUACCCUACUGUGUAUAUUUACUUUAUGAUUUAGGUCUAAUCCUUUGGGUGAUGAUGGAGCAACACUGGGUCUAGGAUGGGCACUAAUGAAAUGGGAUAAAUUAAAGUGAGGAUGGUGACAACUAAAACAAUGACUUGUCUGCAAAAUGUGCCAUCAUUUCUAACUUUCCUGGCUUACAGGUCAACUUGUUUCCAAUGGAAGAUUAUAAUGUGACCUCUAGAAAAUACUUCACAGACCAUACCCUGUCCAUUCCAGCAGUACGGUUAGAAGACACUGGGGAAUAUACUUGCUUGGGAACCAAUUCCGCAGGAACUAGUAAUUCUUCAGCCACCCUCCAGGUGAUAGGUGAGCAAGUCUUGAUGUACACAGCCUGGGAAAAUGAGCCUUAGGGUUCUGCUUUUCCCCACUGAGGUUUCACUGGGAAUCAAACGGGGAUCCCAAUUUAGUAAUGGAGCUAUCAUCCUUCACUUAACACAAUGAAAGCAGCAAUGCAUUAAAAGAAUUUCAUAGAAUGUUUCUCAGGGCCUUGAGAAAGUCUUACAUCUAUUUGAUGUCCUAGUCUCUUGAUGAAGGAGAUGAAGUACAAGGGCAGAAAUUAUUACGUUUUUCAGGAUGCACAAUGUUAUAAGGAGAAGAAAUAAGUUUGUUAAUGAAUUCAGAGAGACACACAAUGGUAGAAUCACAACCUCCCCCGCCCCUUUUAUUUACAAUUUCUAUUUUCCUUUUAAAAUCCUGGUUAAUUAAUCAAUAUAACUACUUGUAGCAUUUUUCCAGACUAAAUGUAGUACAUUCUCUGCAUCCCCUAAAAACUCAUUGUGAUCAUUCUAAGUUACCCAAGUUUUUGUAAGCAGAUUUUAAAAAAUUAGACUGCAAAACAGCCGAUUUUUCCAAGUCUCAUAUUUCCAUUCAUUGUUAAUCACAGCUUCCCCUUCUAUGGUACUUCAGCUGCAACCUAAUUCUCUGUAUUUUUACUCCAUGGAUUCUAUAUUUUCUGCUCCUACCAAUUUGUUCCCAGCAGCACUCAAGACAUCCGUGAUGGAUCACACUUAUUCACUCAUUUGCCACCAACUUUUAAAGUUACUGAUAUGCCCCACAAUAGAUCAAAUGCUGCAAAGCUUGUUCAUAUCUAAUGGGCCCAGUUCUCAACAUCAUUCACAACCCAGCAGCCCAACAAUACAGCUCACCCAGUUUUAAUACGAAAACAAACUUCAGUCAAGGGAGGUGUGUGUUGACCCUUCCCUUUAUCUGAGCAAAGGUUUCUGAUUCCUGCAUUGCAGGUGGUUGGACUAGAUGACCCUCUGUUUCCCUUCCAGCUCUGCAAUUCUAUGACUUUAUGAUCAUUGCACACUUGGUCUGGUGAUAAUGCACACAUUUAAAUGAGUGCCUAGGCUGGGCUUUGUUUCAGGAAGCAUUUAAGAAAGGAGCAUUUGGGUUAACAUGAGAACAAUGGAUUCAAUACAAUGGAUUCAAUACAUAACCCAACAUAUGUCCCCAAGUUCACUGCUCCCCAUCAGAUUUCCAGGUGAAACACCACCACAAUUUCCUACAGAGAAUAACUCUGUCCUUUUGAUGUCCUUUUGAUGUCAAUAUAGCAGGCUUAAUUCACCCAUCUCGAGCUCUCAUCCAGGCAGAAGACAAAAGGAUGAAUCAUCUUCUUGCCUUUCUGGUCCAUCAUUUAUGCCUUCCUGGACCAUCUUCACUUCCACUGAGACCCAUACCCGAAUAUCACAGGUUAUAUGUGGCCUGGGGAGAAGCAUGGCUUAGGGAGAGUCCCAGACAAGGAAGCCUGUAAGACCACAUUUAGCCCAUGGGCCUACGCUUCUCCAUCCCUGCAUUAAGUAAUUUGCUUAUGGCAUUGGAAGGCUUCUGCCUUGCUAUGUGGAGGUCCAAUUACUGUGAUUAUUCAAGUUGCCAAAUUCCAAGUGGGUAUCACAAGGGAAAAACCACACUGAUCCUAGUUGUGUCCCAACCUUUUCUCCUAGGAGAAAGGUUUAAAAAACAAAUCAAAAGAAGAAUUCCUCUGUGCAACAUCUUCAUUCAUUCAUUUUCUUUUCAGAAAGUGGCUAUGUGCAUUUGUCCACCAUACAGAACAGAAGCCAAGAGACAAAUUUGCACAGCAGCUUGAACCUGCAUGUGCUCAUUGAGGCUUAUCCUAGACCUCACACACAGAGAUGGACAUACAUGAACCCAUCAAGGAGCUCCCAGAAUUUCACACUCAAUAUGGAAAUGACUUCUGGCAACAACAGGUAAGAAAGAAUGUGCCUCCUCUUUCCUAAAUGAUUUUCCAAACUAUAAAUUAAUUGCACGAGGGAUGCACAGAACUCUUCCAUUGGCCAAGCUUGCUGGUGCUGAUGAGAGUUGUAGCUCUAGCAUCUCGAGGACCAAAAGUUUCCCACACUUGAUCUAAGGUAUGAUAUGAGCAAUGCCCUCUUUCUUGCUUCUACAUAGACUAUGAAAUCUAACAACACCUGUCCAUAGAUAAUGCAAAAUUAUCUCUGGUCUCUAUUUGAGAGUCUUCCAUUCUGAUUGCUUCUGAAAGGACCCUACCGUGUGCAUUUGUUCUUUUUUUGUGAAAGGUACAACAAUACGCUCAAACUGAACAGGAUGGAGGAAAAGAAUGGUGGAAUAUACACAUUUUUUGCAGAUAAUGGUGAAGCCAACGCAUUCAUCACCUUCAACAUCUCAGUGAAAAGUAAGUGUUCCACCCACCACGGUUCUUCCAAUGUUAUGUCUAUGUUGAGAAGGAACAGCAGAACAUUCAGUCUCAACCAACAAGCUAAAGUGAAGGAUGCAGGUGACCUUUCUGCUCUUCCUGUAAGCAAAUGUGAUGUUCCAAAAUAGCUAUAACAAUAAAAUACACCGAAAGGAAUUGUGAUUGCAGUGAUACAACCACAUACACUCAAAGCAGCCCCCAAGAAUAGAUCAAGUGAUCAAGAGUGAAGUAUAAUUGCCAGCAGUAGCCUUUCCUAGUGGGAACUGGAAUAAUCCACACCAAAAGGAAAAUGUUGACUGUGCUUUUGCUUGGAUAAAGUGGUGACCAGCUGCAGAAUAGAUUGGCUCCAAAGGCCACAUCUGAGACUCUGGUAUAGAAUCAUGGAAUUGUAAAGUUGGAAGGGAACCCGCAUUUGUCGAACCUCCUGCAAUGCAGGAAUCUCAACUGAAGCAUCCAUGACAGAUGAUCAUCCAACCUCUGCUUAAAAACCUUUCAUGGAGGAGAGUCCACCGUCUUCUGAGAGAGUUUGUUCCGCUGUCGAACAGCUCUUACUGUCAGAAAGUUCUUCCUGACGUUUAGUCAGAAUCUUGUAACUUGGAUCCAUUGGUUCCCAUCCUUCUGGAGCAGAAGAAAACAAGCUUGCUCUAUCUUCCUUGUGGUGGCCCUUUAGAUAUUUGAAGAUGGCUAUCAGAUCUCUUUUCAAGUCUCCUCUCAGUCUCCUCAGUAUACCAACUUCCUCAACUGUUCCUCUUAAGGCUUGUUUUCCAGACCCUUUAUCAUCUUGGUCUGCACAUGUUCCUGCUUGUUAAUAUCCUUCUCAGAUUGUGGUGCCAGGUUUGGUCUGGCCAAAAUAAAACCUGGAGUGUAUUCUAAGUACACUGCAUAAGCAGGGCUGGGGUGGGAUUGUAAAUGUUAGAAGGUUCUAUUACUUCCCUUGCUCUGGACACUAUACUUCUGCUGACACAGCCUAGAAUAGCAAUUUUUGUUUUGUUUUGUUAUUGCAUCACACUGUUAACGCAUGUUAAGCUUGUGGUCUACUAAGACCUCUAGAUCCUUUCCCCAUGUACUACUGGCAAGCCAGGUGUGUCCCCUACAUUAUAUUUGUGCAGCUGGUUAUUCUUGCCUAAUUUUAAAACCUCACACAUUACCCUUACAUGUUACCCACUUUCCCAUACGCCAAGUUUCACUAGAUAUUAUUUCAUGAUGCAAUUUCUCAUGUUGCCUAUGUUAAGCAUGGGGUGGAAAAUGAAGACUGCAUAUGCAUCAUACAUUUAAAGCGCCCCCCUCCAAGAAUCCUGGGAAUGGUAGUUUAAGUAAAAAGAUAAAGGACCCCUGGACGGUUAAGUCCAGUUGCAUUGGACUAUGGGGUGUGACACUCAUCUCCACUUUCAGACUGAGGGAGCUGGCGUUUGUCCGCAGACAGCUUUUCCAGGUCAUGUGUAGGUAUACAAAUGGCUGCUAUACCUAACAGCUCUUUUACCUUUGCUAUUCAGCUCCCCCUACAGCUAAACUGAUGGACAACAGCUCCGGCAGCCUUUGGUGCGAAGCCAGUGGUUAUCCUGCUCCACACAUUGAGUGGUAUAAAUUGCCUCGCAAUCUUCAUCCAGACAGGUGAGAUAAGUUAUAGCAUUCCCUACAGUUUCCAGAAGUAACACUACUGAGUUCACUAGGGAAGUUUUUAAUCUUUGAUCUUUUAUUGUGUUUUUAAAAAUCCUGUUGGAAGCUGCCCAGAGUGGCUGGGAAGGCUCUCCCAGAUGGGUAGGGUACUGAUCCUAAGGUCAAAGGCCUGGCAAUCCAGUGAAUCUACCUGAACACAGCUCAAUCCUUCAUAGAGCAGAAUUUAGAAGCUGAUAAAUAAAGUAACAGAUAAAGCAGACAAAAUUCUAUGAGCAUAUUAAUAUCUCCAUCAUCUUUGGCUGUCCGGCAGAUGUGACCAAGGUGGAAUGCUGCUUAUGAAAGACACCAGCCCGGAGAUAACGCGUGAAAUUCCCUUCGGAAGAGUGAUAUCGAAGAGCACCCUCAAAAUUGAUGAGAUGCUGGACAACGUGACAUACUGCUGCCUAGCAGUUAAUAACAUGGGGAAUGGAUCCAGUUUCGGUCCAUUGGUUCGGUACAUAGGUGAGACAAAUCUGAGCAUCUUGUUCACUAAGAACUAGCGUUUUACCUUUCAUCUCACCAAAUCCUGGUUGUGGCUGCAUUUACGCUAAUAUAAAGAGGGCUCCUAUGUGAUUCUGUCCCUUGAGGGUGGCCUGGCACCAGCAUUGUACAUUGUUUGGCCCCAGGCCUUUCCCCUCUGACAGGCAUUUCAAGUUCCUCUGAAACAGAUGGCUGAAUUUGCUGUUUGAUAAUUCCACUGUUUUAAUUUAAUGUGCUUUGUCAUUUUUUAAUUGUAUUCUUGUUAUCUGUCCUGAGAUCAUCUAUAUUGAAGCAUGGGAAAGAAAUUACAUAAAGAAACAAGCAAGCAAACAAAUGUCAGAAAUGUUGUGCAAGUGUGCGCACCUAUACACCCAUACACACUCAUUCUGCCCGAGCUGGAGCAAGCCACAGGACUUUGGAUGUGGCAGUGGUUCUGCUGCCCCUUUUUCACUCUGCUGCUCCUAGUCAGGGAGUGGGAUUGCUCUGUAAAUCGGCUUUGCUAUCACUGGGUAUCUGUGCCUUUGUUUUAUAUAGCAAAGCAGGGAGGAAGCCAGGUAUCUCUCUUGCUCUACUGUUAUGUUUGAUCUGUUAGCAUGGUUCUCAUGAAUGUUCAGGAAUGACUGAUGCACUACAAACUUUUAUUUUCUUUCCCUCCCACAGCAUCUGAACCCCUGAGCGAAUUCCCCAAACCAAUUCUUAUUGCAUGUGCUGGGACGAUGUUUUUCCUGCUUCUGUGUAUCAUCUUCCUAUUCUACAAGUAUAAACAGGUCAGAUGGGUGUUCGUGGUCUGUGUGGAAAGAAAAGUAGACAGGGAAGAGGUCCAGAGGUUGAAAGCAGCUUUACUACUGUAACUCUUCAUGUCUAAAAUGGCUCUCUCUCAAAAUGCGGUACAGGAGAAGACCCUGCUGAGGGAAAGAUUUUUUAAACCUUAGUGUCAUAGUGGCAUAAAAAUAAUCCAAGCUAAAUUGUGAAGGGGCAUAUUGACCCAAUUAAACCAAACUACAGCCUUCAAACCCACCCAAAUUUAACAAAACCACAUCCUUAAUCAAACUGGGACUGUAUGCCAUGUGUUUGAUUUUAGUAUGGAGGUUUUAGUAAAAUUCAUGGGCCUCUUCAAACUUAUAACAGUCACAACAUCUAUGGAGAAGGCUGCUGGGAGUUUAGAAGGCCAAUCCUAUGUAUGUCUAGUUGACAUUUAAGACCCACUAAAUUCAGUGAGACUUAUUUUCCAGAUAAUAUGUUGAAGUGCUAAAAUGCUAUUGAACAAUGCUUUUCUGAUGCAUGGAUAAUUUUUCCUUGCAGAAACCAAAGUACCAAGUCCGUUGGAAGAUCAUUGAGGCCUGUGAGGGAAACAAUUACACUUUUAUUGAUCCCACCCAGCUUCCUUACAAUGAGAAGUGGGAAUUUCCCAGAAACAACCUGCAAUUUGGUGAGGAGCAAUCCUUGUACACUUGCUCUGGUAGUAGUAAGUCAUUCUGUUUAUCUACAUUUGUGGAAGGUCCAAAUUAUUAAACUGAUACACAGCAGUUGCAUAAUACUAUCCUGCUUAUAUGAAGGACUGCACAAUUUUCCCCCUCAUCAUAAUUCUUGGGAUUUUGCAGAAUGAGCAAAAUGGCAUCCCAUAGCAGCUACUGACUCAAUGGAAAAGGUCUCAAUGAAAAGAUCAGAAAAAUCAGAAGCGGAGAAAUCAGGGCUACAAAUAACAAAGACAUGACAUUGAACUGUGCAAGGCACAGAAACUGCUCCUGUUGUUGACUGCAAACCUUCUCAUAGCCUGCUGUGGCUUAUUGAACUUUAGGAGAUAUUACUUGUCUGCUCUCAAGGAUAUGUGCAUGUGGGACAGGCAGGGACACACGCACACACAAUGAUCACUGAAUCAGUAUCAAAAAUCCUCCUCUUGAUUCUGUUAUGCUUCUAAACACCAUGUUUGCUUUCAUAGGAAAGACCCUUGGAGCUGGAGCUUUUGGAAAGGUGGUUGAGGCCACUGCUUUUGGACUUGGGAAGGAAGAUUCUGUCCUGAAGGUGGCUGUGAAAAUGCUUAAAUGUAAGUGCUGGUUAAAGCAGUUCUUCGCCAGUGCUCACUAGCUAAUAAUCAUUCUAAAGGCCUGCAAAUUGAAAACCAGCUCCAGCAUUGGAAUAAAUUGGGGGUGAUAUAAGUAAGCAGCAAGAAGCAAGUCCUUCUCUAUCUGUAUACUUAUAUUUAAGUACUGAACAUACUGAUCCUAGGUGACUAGCUGGGAUGGGGGGGUAUCAAUUCAAUGUGCAUUUAUAGGUGAACUUAACCUAAUACAUACUUUAUGAAGCAAUGUGAAACACAGCCACUUUUUGAAGUGUGCACUUAUCUUAAUUUCGCAAUGUAGUUAUCCAGCCAAGUAAUGUACACAAAAGUGAUUAUAUUCUAUGUAUAUGCAUAUAAAUGCAUAUAUUAAUGAAAACAACAUACAAAAAUGCAUUAUAUUAUGGAAACCUGCCUUGCAAAAGAAGAGUAUACAUUAGGCAAAGUUGCUUUUGAAAAAUGUGUGUACAACAGGAGAAAUUUGCACAAAAACGCUGUGCAUUUUCACAAGAACCUGCAUAAGAGUUUGCAUACAACUAGUUUCAUUUCUGGUUUCAGCAACAGCACAUACUGAUGAGCAAGAAGCCCUCAUGUCAGAACUGAAGAUCAUGAGCCAUUUAGGUCACCAUGACAACAUUGUCAACCUGCUGGGAGCAUGUACACAUGGAGGUAAGAAGCGGUCCCUGGCGCCACUACAGUCCCCUCCAUUCUCGUUCCUAUGGUUUCAUUCUUUUCAGCAACAUUUCCCCAUAAUGGAAGAGUCAUAGAUUUUCAAGUCAGUAUCACAAUCAUGACAAGAAUAAACAUUUCUGCUUUGAGAAUGCUGGCUAUUAAGACCUUAAGGGUUACAAUACACAGUCUGUAGGAAAUUAGAAGUGGCCUGAAUUUACAGGAACUAUAUUUAGUUGGGAUAGAGUGGCGGGAGGUAGACUUCAUUUCACAAUAGGUGUGCUAUUCUCACUUUUUAAUCUGCCAUCAUAGUGCUGCUUCAGACUACUCUCUCUUCGUCCUAUUUCACCUGUUUCUGGUUUCAUACCUGUCAUUCCAACACCUGAGAGUGGAACUACACAGUCAGUAAAAUCAUGAUGUGUAGUUUUUGCUAUAUUGUACCACUUUGGCUUGCAGGUAGAGGAACACAUGCUUGAAUUUUCCUGGUAUAAAAGAAUUUCAAAGAGAUUUUUAAAGCAAAAAAACCAUGCAUGUCAGAGUUUUACAUGAAGCUUCUCCAGGCGGCUUUCUAUCUAUAGGGAAUCAUUUUACACGAACAGAGCAUUCAGUUCCCCCUUCCCUCUCUGAAAUGGUGCUGUCCAGCAAGAACCAUGUCAUGUGAUUCUACUGAUUACAUAACUUGCCUUUGAGAGCAAAACUACACUUUACAUUCCAGUUAGGAAUUACUUUCCCCUGCUUGGUUUUCUGUUGUUGUUUUUUAAGCCCAGGUCAGUCUUGAUAAACCACAAUCCAGUCACAAUCUGACUGCAGGAAAAGCAAGAGAUAGUGUUGCUUAGCCCUUUCUCUUGUGAGACCUUUCUGCUCAUAAUUCCUUCAUCCAAGAUGCUUGUCUACCUGCAGGGGAAAAAAGGCAGCUUGAAUAGGUAAUUUUGAGUGGUAGAGAAAUCUGGAGGGAAUGGGGUGAUGCACAUCCUGCUUUGCGUUAAAAACAAUGUGGAAGCCCUGUGUGGCACUGCUACAAAAACCAACAUACUUUAAACUCAAAUAGUUAGUGUUGAUCAGUCAGAUUAAGCUGCUACCUAGCAGAAACAGAGUACAAUGAUGCCAUUUUCUGAUCAGGUUUAUUUUUUUCUUUUUCAGGCCCUGUAUUUGUCAUCACUGAGUAUUGUCCUUAUGGGGACUUGCUGAAUUUCCUGCGAAAGAAAGCAGAGUGUCUCAUAAUCCAGGAUUUAACAUUUGAGUCUUCUCUUGAUAGCAUGGCAGCAGACUAUAAAAAUAUGUACCUUGGGAAGAAAUACGUCCGGAGGUAAGAAUCCAAACCAGUACAGAUUCAACAGAGGGCUAAAACCCAACAGAAUUAGGGCAAAUUUCCAACCUAGCAUACCUUUACAAUACAGUCCUCAUCUGAGAAGUCAAUGAGAGCAAGAGUAAUUUUGCUAAGCUUUCAUGACUGGGAUUUGUACACAAGGUAAUUAGCUCAUGUUUCAUAUAGUGUGAGAGAUAGUGGCUACAUGAUUUGAGCACUUCAUUCUAGGAACCAGACAAAAUGGCCAAGGGCCUCACAUGUUUCUGUCCAAUGGAAUGGCCUACUCUAUCUUUAAAAGGGCUUUGUGGCAUGAAGGAAGUUGACCAGAAGCUUUAUUUACAGAUGGGAAGAGCUGGUACCCACAUUCUUCAGCACCUUCCAUCCCACAUACGACUGCUCUCCCUUCUUGAAAUGCCACAACACACAUUUAUAUUUCUUGAGAUAAGCUCAAGAAAUAUAGUGUUUCUUGGAAAGAGACAAAGGGAUUGAUGCCUCGUGCCAGGAUGCCUGCCAAUCAUUCUUAUUUUUCGCUUACAUUCAUGGGCUUUGUCCCACCCUAAACAAAUUCCUCACACACUUACAUCAUUUCAAAUAAUGACAUACUUAAUAUUAUUAGCAAUGUGUUAAUAUGCGAGGAAGUCCCUACAGCAUUUUUUAAAGGACGCUGAGAAAGCAUUUGAUAGAGCUGAGAAGCCCCAUUUGAAGUUUUUAAUAGAUUUGGGGGGGCAGUUUGUUAUACGACUUUAAAGUUUUAAUGCUGCAUCUAAAGCUAAGUUCAUGAUGAUAGCCAGCAUCAAUUGGACUGGAACUUAAAAUUACAGAUUUGCACCUUUAGCGCUCCUCCAUUAUCUACAUGAUCUCUUAUUCAGGAUGCUAGAUUUGAUGCAGAGAUUAGAUUGUUAAUAAUUUUUUCUUUUUCUGUUUCUAUUGAUGCAGUGACAGUGGAAUCGGUACCCAAUGUUUGGACAGUUAUUUGGAAAUGAAACCAGUAACAGCAUCAGGCUCUAUGCCACCAAACGGUAAAUAAGCAAGGAGUGAUGCUUUCAAAUAUUAUUUCCAGAGGAGGUAGUUCCUGCUGCUGAGGUUUUCCGUUUUUGCCAGUAUUUUUAUAUGAUGGUUUGUUUAUUACAUUAAAAUAAUAAUAAUAACAGAAGUGAGCUCAAUGUAGCAUCUCCUUUCUUUUCACAAUAGCCCUUACAGGUUGGACUGAGAGAUGUAUAAAAAUAUCUGCUGACACCAUCCAACAUUGGCACGUUUGUGUAUUAUCCCUGUGUUCAUUGCAUCCUAAACUAGACUUUGAUUGUCCACUAUUACAGCUGCCUGAAUGUGCAUAGUUUUCAGGAUCACGACCCUUACAGCAACAUAUUGUGCCAAAAUUCAAAUAAAUUAGCCAGAAUGUGAAUUAUUAUGGGGAACUACAUUUUUAGAUAUGCAGCUUUUCAUUAAUCACCAUGAAAUCCAGUAAGGGCAGAUUCUAAUUUUAUUUAUUAAAUUUGUGAUUCUAAAUGCAGAAUUUGAACACCAAUUAACAGAAUGAUACAUUGCUUUUUGUAACUGGAACUCAGCUCCCAUGUACAAAGAUCACAUGAGCAGCAUUGCUAAGCGCAUCUAUGUGUAUUAAAUAGGAAUUGCAGCUCUUGCAUGGAAAAUAAAUGCAAACAAAUGCUCAGUCCAUUCAUAUUUCCCACUUCAGUAUAUUCUGCAACCACAACUACAUACAUUAUUACACAGGUUAGCAUCAUAAAUGACAUGUGCAUAAAUUUUGUACCGAACAAAGCAGUCCUAUUAGUUGUAGCGACUGGGAACAGCUUGCACAUAUAAUCCAAUUGUAUUGAACAAAUAGAACUGGGCCACUAAUUCUCUUCCUACUAGCAGACUUCCAGUUCAAUCAUAGUCAAAAGCAAGCUCAUCCGAGUUCAGUGGGACUUAAAUCUUAGGAAAGUGUUACAACCUUCAUUGUACACUGGAAGGUUCAAAUUCAAGUGAUUGCUCUUUCCUUUCUCAAGAUGCUUAACUGUUAACCAUGGUUCAGUGUUAUUGUUCCCAUUUCUAGACUUCAUUCAUCUCCCCAUAUUGGAGAUAUGGUUCAGUUAGCUUGAACAUUGACUUCAUCCUGUGGUAGAGUUGCCCUUUGUUGAUUACCAUGAGUUUUCCCCAUUCCAGGGAGGAGCUCAGUGUCAGGAGAGGACAUGGACGGCCAUCCUCUCGACCUGUAUGACUUGCUGCAUUUCUCCAACCAAGUGGCCCAAGGAAUGGCUUUUCUUGCUUCAAAAAACGUGAGUGCACGCUCCCCUGAACAUAGUUCUCUUUAGAAAAUAUUUUCAGGAUCAGUUAUUCAGAAACCAAGGCGUCAUUUUCCAUUACUAUGCAGGAAACUGACUUGCAUACCAAACAAAAGGCCUUGGCCCAACUUUUACUCUACAUAUGUGUAGCAGUUGGAACCCCACCCUGCUCUGUACAUAAGUAUAUCCUGCAUGCUACCCUUGAAUAAUGAACGCAUAGCGCUGAAGCCUGAAAGAAACAAAAGAACACCCCAAAGACUAAGGCUUAGUUCUCAGUGAGGUGAUAAGCCUGUGUCAAGGCUGUACCAUUUCAUACCGUUGGUAGGGGUUCAUAUGAUUGAAUGUUUCUCUAUUAAAAUAAAUCCCAUAUAACGCCCACCCACUAACUAAAAAAACACCAACUUACUAGUAUGGCAGGGAGAAGGCUAAGUUCCCUUUCCCCCAGCAGCUAGUUUUCUGUGUGGAAGGUUGUUGUGAACAUGGAGGAACAUUCAAAUGUGUGAGGUAGCCUGAAGUGUUUCUUAGAUUAAGAACCUGCUUUUGUACAGGAGAAAUUUAUUAUUACAGCAUCUUAAAUAUAUUAUUAUUAUUUUGCCUUUUUAAUGAAUUCCAUAUCAAACAAAACUUAAAACUAAAACGAUGCUAACAGAAGAGGAUCCCUAAAGUAAAUAAGAAGUGGUACUGUUAACAUAGCGAAGAAUUAUUCCUUAACUGACUUCCCAUCCCCUUUCCAUGGUUCCUCUUAUCUCCUCUUUUUCUUGCAUUGUCUUGGUUCACCCAAUCACAACUACUUUUGUAAACUUAGGUUAUUUCUUACACUGCUGGAAAUCUUACCAUUCUGCUAAGCCGAUUGUUUGAUUAUAAUACUUUUCCAUAUAGGCAAUUAACAGUAUCCAGUCCUCCUUAAAUACUUAUGGCUUUUGAUAGAAAGGAAUCCAGGUGUAUGUGUAUAUCUCCCUAUAUGGUGAGGAACCAUUUCUCUGCCCAGGGCUGAUUUCUCAUGGGGAUCAUCUGUCAGAAGGGAAAGAUGCUGGCAAGUGGGGCACUCCUUCCCUUUUGAUUUACCCUCCUUGCCCCUUGCAUGAAAUUAGGGGAGGGAAUUGGUGCUUCAUACCCCAAUCUGUACCUGUGUAUACAUAUGGAUGCUGUACAAUAACAUGAACUCUAUUUUUCAGCUUGUUCAGUCCCCUCUUCUCCAACCAGCAGAAGUAUUACCAUUUUUAAACAUAUUUUCCUAUCUGAAUGUUCACAUUUGUUUAGUGGUUUGAGCCCAAAGCUAUAGAUUUACAAGAUUUAGGGUGUUCUUUAUGCCUCCCAUUCCAGGAAUAAGGAACUGAAAGUGACGGUUGGGGCUUCUGACCCACCAUGUUAUAAAUAUAAUUAGUGAGCGCAAUCUCACUGGCUGCUCAUCACAGCACAGAUUGUACUGUGCCGCAAACACAGGCUUCCACAAAAGGGUACCUCCCUACCUUUUAAGCUUGUACAGCAAGGAAAUUGUGUAAGAGCUAUAGACUCCAUAUGUGGCAUUCUAUAGGUUGAAAAGGUUUUACAACCAUUACAAAAUUAAUGCUGUUGGAGUGUUUAACCUUGACAUUACAGGAAAGGGAAACAUGGGCUAUAAUUAUCCAAUUACUUGGAUGCCCUGAGCACUAAGACUGUUUUAACCUAAAUCAAUGCAAAUGAUUAUCAAGGCUGAUUCAGGCAUGACUACUUCUGUAGUGGCUUAAUGAAAUGGUUAGUUUUGUCAUGUGCUCUAUUCUUCGUGGAGGUGGCAGCACAGUCUCACAACCAUCUUUUACAUGCUGUGUCCAAAGUACAGUGUCUUCCUACCUGUAUCACCAAUGGCUGGAAGCUCAUACUAACUACUGGAGUUCCAUAGGGGACCAGUGGAGUGAGAAUAAGAAAGCCAAAACAAAUACUCUAACCCACCUGUCUCCAAGCCUUAAGAUAUUUUUGGCAACAGCUCCCAUCAGCCCUGGCUGUUGACUGUGCUGGCUGGAGCUUAUGGAAGUUGUAGAUCAAAACAUCUGGAGGACGUGAAAGCAACUGUAGCCUCUAGUCUCACUAAUCCAGCCCGGAUGUCUGCAUCGUGCUGCAGGUCACCAGGAAGAACAGACACAAGCACAAAUUGGGUUGAGUCCAUCAUGCUCAACCUGUAUUUCUCUAUGGCCGUAUGUUGAAAUAAGUCAGGAAGAUCAAGAAAAACUGAUAGGUCAUUUCUCACCCUUGCUAUCUGUUUAAUAUAGUGCAUCCACAGAGAUUUGGCAGCAAGAAAUGUGCUAGUGGCUGAUGGACGAGUGGCCAAGAUCUGCGACUUUGGCCUGGCCAGAGACAUCAUGAAUGAUGCCAACUAUGUUGUUAAAGGCAAUGUAAGUAACAGGGAUGGCAAAUGUGCACUGGGUACACAGGAAACUGAUUUACAGUCAGACCAUUGAUUCCUCUAUUGCUGACAGUAGCUUUCUGGGGUUUUGAACACUGAUCUCUUCCGCCCUCACCUGGAAACGUUGGGGUCACAAACAUGGGAAAUUUUUGAGUAUGUGUGUGUUCUUUGUCAGCGGGACAAGUGCUGCUGCAUGUAAAUUCUGGCAGAGGCUACUGAGCAAAAUCUGGUGGAAAGCAGUAGCAAAAGAUCUGUAUAUCACAGGCUGUUUCCUCUGUAAAUAAAAUAUUUUUUAAUUCCAGGCUCGCCUGCCAGUGAAGUGGAUGGCACCCGAGAGCAUCUUUGAAUGCGUCUACACAGUACAGAGCGAUGUGUGGUCUUACGGCAUCCUUCUCUGGGAGAUAUUCUCCCUAGGUAGGCAAUGAUGUGUUUCUCCAUCCUCAGUUUUCUGUAUGGAAAGGCUUUAGAUCAUAAAUGGGGCUUGGGAGAAAGCAUAAUUUGAAAAUUGGGUCACUACUGACUGUAGCGCUGAUUCUUCAACGCCAUACAUUGCCAUAAGAAACCUCAGGCCUUUGGAGAAAGGUCAUACUAGACUACUUAAAAGUUUGACUGGCACCAGAAAUUGGGGGAUGACCUCAGGUACUUAACAGGGCUCAGAUCCAUAGACAGCCAAUGCCACCAUCUUGGCUUUCACUUGAUGUAGGGUCUGUCCUAGUCAGAGGCACUACAUGCUACAGUACUUCUGAAUUUUGCAGCAGAGUACUAAAAUCGCUUCAAUAACCCAAAGGCCUCUAGAGUUACACACCUACUCCCCCAACUUUUCCUCCCUAUUCACCAGCCAUUGCUUCCUGCCAACCUAGCAGUUUGAAAGCACAUCAAAGUGCAAGUAGAUAAACAGAUACCACUCCAGCAGGAAGGUAAACGGCGUUUCCGUGCGCUGCUCUGGUUUGCCAGAAGCGGCUUAGUCAUGCUGGCCACAUGACCCGGAAGCUGUACGCCGGCUUCCUUGGCCAAUAAAGAGAGAUGAGCGCCGCAACCCCAGAGUCGGUCACGACUGGACCUAAUGGUCAGGGGUCCCUUUACCUUUACCAAAAUGGCUUCGAUAACCCAAAGGCCUCUAGAGUUACACACCUACUCCCCCAACUUUUCCUCCCUAUUCACCAGCCAUUGCUUCAGUGCUCCCACACAGUUAGGGAGUUCACGUAGCACUGCCUUCAGCCUCUUAGAUACUGACCUAAGAAUCAGGAGCCAGUCCUGUAGGAAAGCAACAUGAGAACAGCAUGGUGACCGUAGUGUGUUGUGCUUCUUCUUAUCACUAUAGGCAGGAGCCCUUAUCCUGGCAUGAAAGUGAACAGCAAGUUUUACAGCCUGGUAAAACAAGGAUACCAUAUGGGCAGACCUGAGUUUGCACCAGAGGAUAUGUAAGUAAACAGAUUUCAGAAAUCUCCACUGUAACUGGGUGACACACACAAGCAUUACAAGGAAGCGACGGAAGUUCGUUCCAGAGUGUCACUGACAUUUUCUGUGAUGAGCAUACUGCAUUUUGCUGCUGUAAUUCCACCAAGGUGUUUCAGAUGCAUUUCACAGCUCACAAAGUUGUGUUCGGUGACAGGCCAUGAUUUAGGCACUUUAGUAACAAACAUUCUUCUAGCCACAUGAGAACUGCUUACCUGUGACUGGACUGCAUGCACUGGCAGAAUGUCAGAAGUUACCCAACCAUGUGGGCAGGGCUCCUUCAAGCACGCCUCUUAAGGCUUAGUUUCCAGAGCCUUGAUUAGGUUGGUUGCCCUUCUCUGCACACAUUCCAGCUUGUCAACAUCCUUCUUAAAUUGUGGUGCCCAGAACUGGGCACAGUAUUCCAGGUGUGGUCUGCCCAAGGCAGAAUAGAGUGGUAUUAUUACUUCCCUUGAUCUGAACAAUAUACGUCUGUUGUUGAAUCCUAGAAUAGCAUUAUCUUUUUUUGCUGCUACAUCACACUGUUGACUCAUGUUAAACUUGUGGUCCACCAAGACCCCUAGAUCCUUUUCACAUGUAUUGCUAGUAAGACAGGUGUCCCCCAUCCUAUAUUUGUGCAUCUGGUUCUUCCUGCCUAGGUGCAGAACUUUACAUUUGUCCCUAUUGAAAUUCAUUUUGUUAGCUUGCGCCCAGUUCUCCAAUCUUUUAAGGUCAUUUUGAAUUCUGAUUCUGUCUUCUGCGGCAUUAGCUACCCCAUCCAGUUUGGUGUCAUCUGCAGAUUGGAUGAGCAUCUCCUCAAUUCCUUUAUCCAAGUCAUUUAUAAAGAUGCUGAACAAUGGACCCAGGACAGCACCUUGUGGCACCCCACUUGUCACUUUUUUUCCAGGAUGACGAGGAACCAUUAAUGAGUACUCUUUGGGUUCAGUCAGUCAACCAGCUACAAAUCCACCUAACAGUUACCUCAUUCAACCCAAAUUUUACUAGCUUCCUUGGAAGAAUAUCAUGGGGGGCUUUGUUAAAAGCCUUACUGAAAUCCACAGCAUUUCCCUGAUCCACCAAGUUUGUAAUUCCACCAAAAAAAGAAAUCAGAUUGGUCUGGCAUGACUUAUUUUUGAGAAACCCAUGCUGGGCCUUAGUAAUCACAGCAUCCUUUUCUAAACGCUCACAGACCGACAGCUGAAUUAUUUGUUCUCUGGUAUUGAUGUCCAGCUCACCGGUUGGUAGUUACCUGGGCCUUCCUUUCCCCCUUUUUUGAAGAUGGGGACAACAUUUGCCCGCCUCCUGUCUGUAGGGACCUCACCUGUUCUCCAAGAAUUCUCAAAGAUAAUAGAUAAAGGCUCUGAAAUUACAUCCGCAAGCUCCUUUAGUACCCUUGGAUGCAGUUCAUCAGGCCCUGGAGAUCUGAAGUCAUUUAAAGUACAGUGGUACCUCGGGUUACAAACGCUUCAGGUUACAGACUCCACUAACCCAGAAAUAGUACCUCGGGUUAAGAACUUUGUUUCAGGAUGAGAACAGAAAUUGUGCAGCGGCAGCAGGAGGCCCCAUUAGCUAAAGUGAUGCUUCGGGUUAAGAACAGUUUCAGGUUAAGAACAGACCUCCAGAACGAAUUGAGUUCUUAACCUGAAGUACCACUGUAGUUAGGUGUUUCCUUAAUACCUCUUUUCCUAUCUUGGGCAGCAGCUCCCUCCUUACAACAUUUAUUCUGUUGUCACCAGGUCGGGCAUCAUUAUAGGAUCUGCAUUUAGCCCUUGGGAAUGAUCACAGACUUGUAAUUAUUUCAGUGCUUUUACACAGAAUACCACAAGUUGCUGCUGAAUGGGUAAUAUGCAGAUUCCUCCCCACCUCAAUCUAGGUACAACAUCAUGACUGCAUGCUGGAACAUGGAGCCCACUCAGCGGCCAACCUUCAGUCAGAUUUCCACUUUCCUUCAGAAGCAACUGGAUACCAGUAAGGAACAGGUGAGAUGCUAAAAUUACUAGUAAAAAAGCAAGGUGAAGGCAGUUCAUACCUGAAUGAUCUCUUUCUUUAGUAACUGUGUCUUUCCUUAUACUUUCACAUAAAUGCAUUUGUAUUACGUCUGGUAGAAACUGCACCCCCCUAAAAAUAUUCUGGGAUUUCUCAUACUAUUUCAUUAUUUGCAGAACAUUUGUUACCCCUCCUCCCCUUCCCCUCAAGGCAUACCUGGCACUAUAUAAAUUACACUGGCCACAGUAUAUAAUCCAAUUCCCACCCAGAUUAGAUUUAACCCAUUGACCUAAUUGGUCAGGGAUAAGGAUCUUGUGGUCCUCCAUUAAUUGCUGGACUACCACUCCCAGUAUCCUUGAGCAUUGGCCAUAUUGGAGUCCAGCAACAUCUGGACAGCUGCAAGCUACCCAUCUCUGAUCUAGCCAUUCUACACAGUCAUAGAAUCAUAGAGUUGGGACCACAUGGGUAAUCUAAUCCAAUCCUCUGCAAUGUAGGAAUCUUUUGCCCAACAUGGGGCUUAAACCCACAACCCCGAGAUUGAAAGUCUCAUGCUCUGCCGACUGAGCUAUUCCAGCAGGAUGUCAAGACUGGCAUCAAAGAGCAGAACAGGGGUGAGGAAUAGGAUGCAGCCAGACGACCACAUCCAGAAGAAGUGGCCCAAUCCCCUCUGGAGUGACUCUGUCAGGCAGGCAGCGCCACCCAUUUGUGAGUCCCUUUACAUCUUAUGUCAGGGGACUGAAACUUCAGGCCACUGCUGCAAAGGAAGUUUCUCCCUUUCACUUGUGGCUUGCUGGGGAGUGGGGUGGGGAAGUUUUCUGCAAGUCCAGGAAAAGUGGGCAUGCCAACCUCAGAAGUCUGCCAGGUCUAAUCAGGUCUGUGAGAGAGGUUCCCUAGCUCCGUAGCAGAGUUCCCACAUUGCUGAACAUACACUAAAAUGGCACUUGUCGCUGGCAAAAUCAAAAGGGGAUUAAUGCCGUGUUCAGGUGUUUGGAAACCAUGAUAAUACAUGAGAAGCUGUAGAAAGCAGCUGCCUCCCAGUGACCAUUGCAGUCACCUUCCAAGUCAUGGACGGCAACUUUGUGAAGUGGGGUGUCCUUCCUUCAUGGAGGGCUUCCCACACAUUUUUAAAGCCUGGUUUCCCAGAUGCAUGGGGCCCAGGAGGCUCCCUGCUCCACAAGGUUACCCUCCAGGAGUCUUAAGGUGACUGGAAUAUUGACAGGGAGGUAGAGCCUAGCACACUCACCUCCUUAGUUGUUAGCAGGCUUUCCAAAUGGCUGAAGAGGGAUCAAGAGGCAUCAAAUUGUUUAGGAGCUUCUGUUUUAUUUAUUUUAAAUGCUGUAUUUUCCUGAAUGCAAUUGUUAAGAAGGCUUUCUCUUCAGAUUAUAUACUCCAAGCACUAAAGUUUGUGGGUUUUUCCCCCCCUUGCUGUGAAGGGUUACACCAACUUACCAGCCAGCACAGAAGAAGACAGCGGAUGUGAGCCUUCCAGCUAUUGUGAAGAUGAAUCUUGUGACACUGGAGAGAGCAUCCAACCCCUUCUGAACAGCAACAAUUACCAGUUCUGUUAA